AUGAAAGUUGAUAUUGAUGGUUUAUUUAAAUCUUAUGACCACAAUGAAACGAUAAAGUAUAUUGAUAAAUUAAGAAACGAAAUAAUUGAGAAAGAGGAUGAUAUAAAAGAAUUUUUAAAAAAAGAAAGUAAUAAUGUGAUUGAUAAUACUAUUAGGAUUAAGAAAAUAUAUGGUUGUGUUGAAAAAACAAAAAAGAAUUUAGAAGAUAUUAUUAGUAAUUAUAAUAAAUUAGUAGAUAACGUAAAAAGUACUCAGGUGUGUAAUAUUCAAGAUAUAUAUAAGAAUGAAUUAAAUGAGAUUGAAAAGGAUAUUGUAAAAAAUGUGUGGCUCAAAAAAUAUGACAAGUAUGAAUUUUUAUUUGAAAAUCCAUUUUUUGAAAAAAAAAAUAAAGAUGGAAAAGAAGGUUUAGGAAAUAUAAUAAAUAAUAUAAUAAUAAAUGAAGAUGCUUCUCUUAAUACAAAAGAGGAGAGUGUUAUAAUAAAAUAUGAUUAUUUGAUUAAUAAAAAAGAAAAGAAAAAAAAAGAUGUAAUAGUAAAUUAUGAUUGUUUUUAUUUAAAUAAUUAUAUUAAUAACAUAUAUUUUGAUAUUAAUAAAAAAAUAGAAGAAGAAAAUUAUAUAUAUUGUAUAAAUAAAAUUUAUAGAGACAUAUUUAUAUCUCUAAUAGUUUUAAAGUCUAUAUUAAAAAAUGAAAAAAUACAAAAUAUAUAUAUCAAUAUUUUUAAAAAACCAAAUUGUAAUUAUUAUCUACACAAUUUUGUAAAUAAAUAUAAACAUCAUUUUUCAAAUGUUAUAUUAAAAUUAAUACAUUACUCUUUUUAUAAUCUAACAUAUAAACAUUCGUGUAAUUUCCAAACAAUCAUAAAAUCCAUAAUGAUUUUACUCAUAUUUUAUAAUCAAAAAAAUACAGAUAUUAUAAACUUUAUUCAUAAAAAUAAAGAAAACAUAAAACAACAUGAUAUAAAUAAGAAUCAAAUGAAUAAUUUAUUUCAUGCUAUUUUAAAAGCUAGAUUAAAAUUAAUACAUAAUUUUAUUAACAAGAAAAAAAAUAAAAAAUGCAAUAAAGGUAAUGAAUUAGAUAGAAAUAGUACAAUACAAAAAAAUGAAUUAAUCCAUAAUAAUGAAUAUCUUGCAUUUAAUAAAUUACACAUAUAUUUCAAAAAAAUAAUAUAUGUAUUAUUAAAUACAAAAUAUAUUUUAUUACUACUUAUCGAUAAUAGUUGUUGUCCUCUUUUGCAUGAACAUAUUAAGAAAAAAAAUAAAGAUGAACACAUUUAUGAAAAAAAUGAAAUAUGUGAAAAACAAUUUGUAUAUAAUCAAAUUCAUACUAAUUAUAAGAUACAUAUAAAUAAAGAAAAUCAAAUAGAUGUUGUUGAAUCAUAUGAAAAUAACUUUUUACAAUAUAUGAAAAAUGAAAUUUUUAUUUUACAAGAUAUAUAUAAUAAUAAAGAACAUAUAAAAAAUGGUAUAGAAAAAAAUAAAGAAUAUUUUAAUUAUCAUAUUAAUAAUAUAGAAGAUAUAAAAGAAAAAAUUUUGAAUACUAAUACAGUUGAAAAUUUUAUUCUUUUAUAUAAACAUUAUAAUCAAUGUAUUAAGAAUAUAUAUAAAUAUGUUAUCUAUUUAUUACAUAAUUAUUAUUAUACAAAUCAAUAUAAUAUUAUAAGUAUAGAUUUCUUAUUUAAUGAAUAUACAAAUAUUAAAUUAUUAUACAAUGAAAUUAAAUCAACUAUCUUACUACCAGAAACAUAUUUUAAACCUUUCAUUAAACCAUUACAACAUUCUUCAAUUAUUAAUCAUAAUUGUUUAAUAAAUAUAAAUGAACAAUUAUUUAAUUAUUUCUUAUUCCUCUUUUUUAAUAAAUCCAUAAGCAUAAUACCCCUUUUUGAUAACAAACCUAUAGAUCAAUGGAAAAAUGUUCUCAUCAAAUUUUUUAAAAGUUUUUCAUAUCAUGUAACAACCUUUUUAACAUAUGAUAAUAAUAGUUACUUUUUUAUAAAUGAUAAAAUAUUUUUUUCUUUUCUUUUAAAUGCUUUUUAUUUUUAUUAUGAAUUUUAUAAUAUCGAUUUGGAAAUCAUAUAUAGUGAAUUUUCAAAAAUCCCAAAGCAUUUUAAUAAUACAAAAUAUUUGAAAGAUAAAAAAAAACCACACAAUCGGUUAUCAGAACAUGUAUUAAAUAAUAAUAAAAAUUGCACACAAGAAAAACUUUUUAACAAUGCUUUUAAAAAUAUAAUUAAGGAGAAAAUACACCCACUUUUAUUUUCUGCCUAUAAACUUAUACUCUUUAUUGAAGUAAAAAAAAUGAAUACUUUUGUAAAUGUGGACUUUUUAUAUAUGAAUAAAAAUAAAAAUCUUUCUAAUUUUCAGGAACUCUAUGAUAUAUUUAUAAAUAUUUUAAACAAUUAUGAUAAUAUAAAAACUAAUACACAUGUUAAUGAUGAUGUUCAAGGUUAUGAUGUAUUAUUAAAUUUGUUAAAAGGAAAUGAUAAUGAUAUUUAUAUGAAUAUUAAUAUUAAUACUAAUAAUAAUGAUAUAAGAAAAAGUGCUGAUGACGUAAAUAAAAAUGGUGAUGACAUGAACAAAAAUAGUGAUGACAUGAACAAAAAUAGUGAUGACUUGAACAAAAAUGGUGAUGACAUGAACAAAAAUAGUGAUGGCAUAAAUAACAAUGGUGAUGACUUGAACAAAAAUGGUGAUGGCAUAAAUAACAAUGGUGAUGACAUGAACAAAAAUAGUGAUGGCAUUCAGUGUGUUCAUGUAAAUUAUUGUAAUGAUUUUAAUGAUGAGGAAUACAAAGAAUUCUACUUUUAUGUUAAUCUUUUAAGAUAUAAUAAUAAAAAUAAAUUUAAUCAUUUCUUAGAUGGUUUAAAAAAUAUUCAAAUAUAUGGUGAAUCAAAUGAUAUGUCAAAUAUAUAUAAUAAUAAUGAAAAUGUUCAUAUUAUUAAUAAUAAUAAUGUUUUUAAUAGCGAACCUAACUUUUGCCUUAAAGAUAUUAAGUGUAUAUUUUUUUAUAUAGUGUAUAAUAUUUUUAAAAUGUGUAUGAAAUGUUUUUGCUCAGAAUAUUUCGAUAAUUUAAAAUGCCAUUUGUAUUAUUAUUUACAUAUGUUAUUAAAUUAUAAUAUGGAGCAUAUAUUAUGUGAUAAAAUAAAUAGUCAUUUAUUAAACAUAUUUAUAUUUUCCAAUAUAUUUAUUAUAUAUAUAGAAAAAGUAAUGACAACCGAACAAUAUAAAAAUAUUAUAAUAUUUAUUAUAAAAACAAUACUUCAAAAGAAAAUAUAUAAAAUAUAUAUUACAUUUAUACAAAAGGUUAAAGAUAUAUACAUAAUAGAAAUGGAAAAAGCACAAAAUAAAAACUUAUUUAAUAAAAAAAUUACAGAAUUAUAUCAUAUCCUAUUGUUUGAUUUAUACUUUUGUGAACAAGUCUUAGAUAAAAAUAGUAUUACAAAUAAAUCUUUUUAUGAAGAUCUUAUUUAUUUAUAUAAAAUAAAUGAAAUGUAUUAUAUUAAAUCAACUCUUUAUUUUAUAGAUAUAUAUAAACAAACCUAUAAUGUAUAUAAUGAAAAUAAAAACAAUAAUAAUAAAAACAAUAAUAAUAAUAAUAAUAAUAAUAUAUCUAAAGAAGAACACGUACAGAAACAAAACAUUCAUCCAUUAAUUCAUAAAUUAUAUAAGUCAUAUAACAAUUUUGUACACAAUCAAAAUGAAAAAAAUAAUAAUAUAAUGAAAAAUAUAUCAUUUAAAUUUUUAAUUGAUGAUAUAUUAGUAGAACUAAAUAAAUUAGAUAACCUUAACAAUAUUAUAUACCAGAAACACAUACGUUCACGUGUACACAAUGUCAUAAAAAAUACAUAUUUAUUAUAUUAUUUAUUUGUACAAGGAACUACACUCAAUAAUAUAAUAAACACAAAAAUUGAAGAGGAACAAAAUAAUUUGGACAUAUUUCAUUAUAAUAAUGUAUUAAAAAUUGAUGAUCAAUCUAUUGAAGAAAAGUUAUUUACAUUCUUUUCUUGA